GGUUCGCAUAUGUAAAAUGAACUCUUGGGAAAGUUUCUAUUGAUUAAUGUUCGUCAACCCAUUUAAUUAUUAUCAUUCUUUAUUCCCAUACUUUGCAUUUCUUUCUCAAAGGGGUUUAUGAGCAAAGUGAACAAUGCUGCGAAAGAUCUCUCAAUUCAGCUUUUUUGUUCUGUGGGGACGACUGGCAUUAAGUGAAAGAUUCAAAGUCCUAACGCCUAAAGAGCACGUAGUAGCUAUCCUUAACCAAGCUGUGGUGCUGGAAUGCAGUUUCACUGUGUCUGAAGAGUUACCUUUGGGAAACGUGGUUAUCACCUGGCAGCGUGAUGAGAACAGGGAGGUUGUCCAUAGUUACUAUUAUGGGAAAGACCAGCUGAGCAAGCAGAAUCCUCAUUACUCCGGCAAAACGAGUUUAUUCCCGGAAGAGUUUAAAAAUGGAAAUGCUUCCCUGAGACUAGAAGGAGUAAACCCAGAGCACAGUGGGGAGUACCUGUGUUAUGUUGGCAAUGCACGUAAAGGAGAUAACGGAACAAUUACUGUUGUUCUUGCAGGUAAAUAGAGAUAACAUGUUUCUUUUCUUCUCACAUCUUACUUGAAAGUACUGUUUCAUGUAGGGGGUGGCACAGUGGCUCGGUGGUCAGCAUUACUGCCUCACUGUGCCAUGGACCCAGGUUCACUUUCAUCCUCAGGCGAUGUCUAUGUAAAAUUUGCACAUCUCCUCUGUGUCUGUUUGUUUCCUCUGGGCACUCUGGUUUCCUCCCACAGUCCAAAGAUGCGCAGGUAAGUUGGAUUGGCCAUGCUAAAUUACCUGUAGAGACCAGGUAUGUGCAGGCUAGUUGGAUUAGCCAUGGGAAAUGCAGAGUUAAGAGAUAGGGUGAGGGUCAGGGUCUGGAUUGGAUACUCUUCGGAGGGUCAGUGCAGACCUGAUGGGCCCAAAAGCCACUUUCUAUGCUUUGGAGUUUGUGUCACCAGCAAACCAUCCUCCUUGUUUACAAAUUACAAAUUAGUAACAGGCCAUUGUAGUGCAAUCCAAUCUCACUUCAAUAUUUUCUAAUCAGUCUAUUUCAAGAUGUUCUGACACACCUCACGAUGACACUUGAACUUAGGCCAUCCGGCUCAGAGGUUGGGACACUCCCACUGCACCAUAAGAGCCCUUGUAAUUUUGCUUUAUUGUCCAAACAAAAGUUCAUUUCAGGUUCAUCGCUCGUCCAUUCAAACAUUUUGUAUAAUAUAAAGUAAUGUUAAAAUUGAAGCUCGAGGUAUAGAGAACGAGAGAACUUUAAUUAAACUAUUUUAAAACUACUCCAAUGCAUUCAAAUAAGCAACCAAGUGAGCCCCACCCUGAGUACACAUCCUCAUCCUGAUCCUGUUAAAAGUUCUUUUAGAGAAGGGAGUGAACAAAUAAGUUCAGAAAUUGAUUUGUUCAGCAUUUGAGGGACUGUAGAGGUUUCCAUGAAUACUUCCAAAAGUAAUACAAAGCAUGAUUCUCAUUGUUCACAACAAUUUUUACUUUUAUCAAAAUAAUUCAAGAUCAGAUCAAGCAAUAUCUCCCCAUCAAAUAGUGUUAGCAGGUUCUAUAACUCUCUGGCCCAUUAUUUUAUAUUUACCUAAGACUGGGCAAAUCAUUGAUUACAAAAGUUGGCAAGUUAUGUUACAGCUGCAUAACACUUUAGUUAUGCCACAUUUGGAAUAUUGCAUGCAGUGCUACUCACACACUCCUGAAGGACAUGGAUGUUUUGAAAAAAGGCACAGAAAAGGUUUACCAGGAUAUUGCCUGGUUUGGGCGUUUUUUGUUAUGAGGAGAGGUUGGAUAAACUUGGAUUGUUUUCACUGGAAAGACAGAGGCUGAGGGACAACUUGAUAGAGGUCUCCAAUGUUAUGAGAGACAUAGAUAAGGCUGCAUAGCUUGGAAUGGAGUGCCAGUGGAGAUGGUGGAAACAGGCACGUUAGCAACAUGUGAGGAGUAUUUUGGUAGACACGUGAAUGGGAGGUGAACAGAGGGAUAGAAACCAAGUAUAGGCAAUAAAUAGCGGGUCUAAAUAAAGAUUGGGAAUUAGUGUAGGCUUGGUGGAUCGAAGAGCCUGUUCCUGUGCUGUACUGUACUUUGUAUCUAAAAAUACUCUCAGUUACAGAAAUACAGGAAGCAUGCCUCUUGGUUACCACAUCUGUGUACAUUCAGCAGAGAUUUCAGAUGCAAGCAUGGCUAAUAUGAACUACAACUCGUAGAAUCCCAAUGGUGCAGAUAGAAGUCAUUCGACCCACUGAGUCUGCACCAACCCUCUGAAGAGCAUCCCACCCAGGCCCAUUACUGUGUUUUUCCCAUGAC